AUGCACUCUUCCAAGAAAAAAAAAAAAAACCUCUCUAGCAAUACACACCAAACUGAGCAUGUGCAUGUGACUAUGGAUUCAGUCUGUCUUAUCAGGUGGACAUUUGAACAAGAGGAGGGGCAGAGAAAACAGGACCAAUCAGCCUUUUUACACAAUGCAGAGGAUUAACCACUUAGGUUUCACAGUGAGUAUACAAAGCAUGCUUUACUGCCAGGGGUGAACUGACAACUCAUGGGGCCCCCGGGCAAUAGGGGAUCAUGGGUCCGCUGUGUCCUUGCCCAAACUCAAAAAAGCCUAU